ACUCCAAGACACAUGGAAAAGCAGUAAAAAUAAAGUAUGCUGAUGACAGACAGAGAUUGGCUGUCAUCUGUACUAAGGUUUUCUAUCAAAAGUCUUAACAGAACAAAAGUAGUGUUUUUUGACAGCUGUACCUUGCAGAAAUCCAGAAACACUAAGAAAAUAUUACUUCCUUAUUUCCUAGUAAAGGAGAAUUUUGGCUGGAAUUUAGUGAUGGUGCUACACCAUGAGCCUAGAGAUAAAUAAUCAACAAGCUCUCACCAUUUGCUGGUAAAGCAGAAGACAUAAUAUAAGGGUUGGUCUAUUUUAACUUGUUUUCACUACUUAAUUCCUCUAUGAUUUAGUUGUUCACCAUGUAGAAAAAUGCUAAAAGAUGAGGUCCAAACCAAAGUAGCUUGUAGCUACUUAAAAGAACAUAGUAUCUGAACUCCAGGUUGUAACUAGCCCUUUCCUGUAUGGGUUUUUCUUUUGCUGUGUUUUGGUUUUUUGGGUUUUUUUAACAGAUAAAUUUGAAGUUGUGUGAAAGCAUGAACGCAGGAGGGAUUACUAGUUACAGUCUGUAAUGACAAAGGUAUACUUUAUCAAACAAAUAUUGGAGAGUUCUGCGUACUCAAAGACUACUCUGUGGGAAAUUAUAAAAUUCUCUUUUUGAGCCAAACAGUCUAAAUUUUCCUCCCCUUGUCUGUAUUCAUACUGGAGAAUAGGGACAUUAGUUCUUUUUAAGCUUAGUUGGAGAGAACCAAGAAAGUAUAAAAGUAUGAUACUUACUACCUGCCUAAAAAUUUUGUUCAGCACGUAUGUUUUGUUACGUUAAUACAGUAAGAUAAGGAGAGAUGCUGAAUAAGAUGACAACCAGCAUGUUUUGGGUUAACAAAUACAGUCAGUGAAGAAAGAUAACUUGUGAAAAUAAUUCUGUUGUAGCCUCUGUAAUUCAUACUACGAUCAAGUGUUUACCACAGCCUCAGGAAAGGUAUGACAUCUAUACCAAAUUCUGUGCAGCUUAUUUUCAAUAAAAUGACCUUUAUGUCAUUAUUUACCACUAUUUCCUUCACAAUUGCUGUAGGCAGCUUUUGCAGAAAAGCAGAGAUCCCUUUUUUCCCUUGCAAUAGCAUCACUUGAUACAUCAGGCAGUUUUCUGCUCUAAUCUGAAUGUACUCUAAACAGCACUAUACUCUAAACAUCAUUAUUCAGAAGAAUCACAGCACUGCUUAGAUUGCAACUCAAAUACUGGAACUUUGUUUGCCAUUUUGAACCCUAUAAUCUAAGGCCUUCCUUAAAUGGUCACAACUCAGAGCAACUCUUAAAAGCUUAAGAAGCAUUUUUUCCAUAUACAUCUUUAUUUUAUGUAUAGGGUAAGAAAGAAAAAAAAAGGAACAAAAAACCAAACCCCCCCCCCCAAACAAGAAACAAAACCCAACCAAAAUCAGAGUGAUAGACUACUAACUCAAUCUUUGGAAUUAAAAAUAAUUCCAAAAGCUUACUCAUAGAACAUACCAUUGAAACUUCACUAAGGAGAAUGCCAAAAGCCAAAGACUACUUACAGAUCAUGAAAAGCAGAAAAAAAAGCCCAAAGAGUCAGAACACCAAGGUGUUUGACCACUUGCUUACAGAACAGCUCAAUCAAAUCAGACAGAACUUUUCUGUGCUCAGCUUUUACCUCUUUUCUCUCAGAUACAUUAAUGGCUUUCUUGGGAGGGACCAUAAAGCUUACCUUUAGUAAGUUAUAUGUGGCUUUGAAACAUGGAAAUAAUAAUCUAAUAGAUGAAAAAAAUACUAGUAAUUGUUUUUAGUUAUUUUCAAAAUCAUACUAGCCAUUUUACAAAAUGUCAGCAUAUGUUCAUAUAAGUAAUGAUGUAGCUUGACUAGCCAUAGACAUGGUUCUCUUGUCUGUGAAAUUUGUACUUGGAAAAUGGACAUAACAAAAAAAGGUGAAAUUGCCCCUACAUAAUUGCAAAUUGUUUUUCCAGCUUAUCUCUAAAUAUCAAAAUUUGUACCAGCAAAACACAAAGAAAGUUUAACAUACAUAAACUCUAUGAACCAAAUCAAAACAAACAACAAUGCACACAAAAAAAACCCCAAAAAGUGGCACUCAAAACCCAACUUCAAUCAGGUUUAGCUGUUUUCUUGUUCUUUUUCAGCUUUCUAGUGGCAAUCAGAUACUGGGGUUCAUGCUGUCUUCCACUGUUUGUGUCCUUGUAAUUCUUUCUGUAACAGACUUAAAGUAUGCCUUUCUCCAUGGCUAAGGUGCUGGCUCUCCAAAAACGGCAUCAGUUUGAUAGUUUGCUUGUUUUUAAUUCCUUUCUCACUCCUUUCAUUACCUCACUUGCUCCAAAUAGUAGAUAUCUUCCCUUUAUUUCUCAGUCCUUUUCCACUGCCUAUGUUUGCAAUUCAUCUUACAAUCAGCAGGUUGAUAUUUUCAGAUGUAAGAGGUGAAAGGCUUUACAAGCUUUAUGGACUCCAUUUCUCUGCUGCUACACUUCUCAAAUCUAAACAGGACAUGGAUAGCAAUCUAUGACUCCAAUUCAAAGUCUGAGCAUCACAGUGAAGGGAGCAGAAUGUUAGGUAAACACAUAUCAGAAGACAAGAAUCAAAUGGAAAGAAAGGAACAGACAUAAAUAUUCAGCUAAUGCUCAACUGAGAUUCUUCAGUGCUUUCAUUAGUGUAUACAAUAAUCACCGUGUCAGGUAAACAAGAAAUUUUGCUGAACACAAAGCAAUACUGUAGCUGUUGCUACUUAUACUUCGGAUGUAACAUUAAAUGUGAGGAUCUGUGAAAUGCCAGGUCUGUGUUCUGCAUUUUCCCAGCAUGUUUCAUCUAUCUACAGGUACAGUGCUACUAGUUCUCAGAAAAUACUUAAAUCUACAUCCACUGUAAUAAUGUUCUGUCCCUUGUAAGCAAGUCUCAUGCAAUGGGCUCGCCUUGUCAUGUCACCCACAUACUGCAGGUUGCCUAAGAAUUCUUCUUAAUGACUUGUUUUAGAUUCUAAGAACCUCUGAUACCUACAAACACUCAGAGACAUCAAACUGCAAGAUGAAAGCCAAACAGGUCUCGUUUCUCCAGCCUAUGGUAGUAAGCAAAAUAGUAACAAAUUAUGUAUUUUUCACUGCGAGAUGAACAUUCCUGGAAGGCCAUAUAUGGCAAACUGUUCUAUUAUUAAUCUCACCAUAUGAGAACAACAUGAUGUCUGGAGGAAAGACCUAGCCCAAACAUGCAGAAGUAUGUUCCGUUCUAUUUUUGCUGUAGUCAAGAAAGACUGAAGUGUACUACUUUCACUCUUCUCUCAUCAAUCCAGCACAGAAAAAGUGAAUUACAGUACAUCUGUACCUUUCUGCAGUAUCUCAUACAAAGGAUACUGUAUUUUACAUUGGAAAAUAUUAAAAAACCUGAGCCUUAGAGAAACAUCUGUACACUUGUGAUAUUCUCACAUUAAAGGUUCGUAUUUCUUCCUAAAGGUGAGAAUUCUGCAUCUAUGAAUGUAUUUAAACAAACAAGCAAUUUUAAAAAAGGGGAGAGGGAGAAAGUAAUCUAGUUGGACAAAUAUUCCUCCCUUGCACCUCUCAGAGAAGGAAUAUGGCUCUCCAAGCUACAGUUCUACAAUAAAUCCACAGAAUUUAAAAAACUGAUUACUCCACUGGUAUUUCUGCUUCUUAAAUCCUAUUAUUGCCGCUAGUGCACUUCAAGGAAUGCUAAUGCAUGAAUGAAUCUCAUUUGGCACUGAUUAGUCAAAAGUGAGAUCACAAAGGAUCAUGUGGGUCCACUGCUCCUCCAUCAAACACAAGCAGUCAACCACUGCUGCUUGGGCUGGCUACCAUCACAGGAUGGCUACCAGCAGGAUGAGAAGUUGCUGUUCAAUGGUCUAUAAAGGCAGCAAUUAUAUUUGGCUGGGGGUUGUUAGGUAUACCUACAGACUGUAGAUGACUCGGUGUUAGCAAUGCUUAGCGUAUUUUCUUACAGCUGCUUGCCACAAUACAAUGAAUUCAUUAUACCUCAUUCAUUAUCUUCACAGAAGAUUAAAAUGAUUUUGCAGUUUCUACAAUAUUUCUGCAGUAUUCAGAGAAUUGUUGAAAAAAAAAGCAGUCAGACUUGAUGGCAUUAUGGUAGUGUAGAUCCCCUCCAACUGAAUGGAUCAAUGUAGUCCAUACACAGAUAAUAUUUGUGAAGAUGCAUUGUGAUUCAUGAAAAAAAUUCUUUCAUGGCAACUUCUCCAUACUCUUGUUCAUACUUAAUUUCUUUGAUUUAUUAAAUAAAUACCUUUUGUCUUCAUACUGUUACUAUCAAUGACCUGAUGUCCAAGCUAGUACUUUUUCUUUACAAUUGGCAGUGAUGGAUGCCCACGUCCAAAGCUAAACUAUUGUUUCAAUUUACUCUCUUUCUUUCAAGUGCAGAUUUUGUUACAGUUUCCAAUUGCCAAAAAACUUGGGAAUUACAGCAGAGGAGUAGACAGGGGAAGGCAGGAAGUUAAUAGAAAACCCUUAAUCUGGUACAAUGACACAACACAUGAAUCAGUUUUGCUAAGGAAAGUAUUUUGCUAUCAAUAAAGGUAAUUUACAUUUUUAUUCUUUACAAAUAAUUCUGCAUUUCUGAGUGCUUUAAUGAAAGGAAAAAAAACUUCCUAAAUGCAGGUAUUACCAGUCUCCCAUGGCCACAAAAAGUAACCUCAGACUAAUGUCUUAAUUUAUAAAUAAAUUCUCAGUAAUAGCAGAAGAGACUAGAGCAGACAAGUACUACAUUAAAUAUAUACUGUUCCUGAAAUUGCACUUUAUGGCUUUUGAAGUUCAUAAACAACAAAUAGAAAGCCUCAUUCAAAAGUAUCAGAAAGAAAGAGCGAUAUGAAGAAUGAACAGAUAGCAUAUGCUACACUGGAAGGUGUCAUACCACUCUGUUAGUAGUACUACUAGCAUUCUUUCCACUUACAGUAAAUAAAUGGACAGCACAAAAAUAUAGUGUUAAAAGAAGAAGAUGCUAGGGAAACAAAAGUCCUAUUUGUCUUUUAAACAGAUACUCAUUAGUGUCAUUCUUUCUCAGACAGGUUUUCCUUCUGCCUCUUAGAAAAACACCAAAGAAGCUUCACCUAGAUUAGGCCAUAUCAUUAUGAACAACCCAUUACACACAGGAUCCAUUAAAAACACUAGGAAGGCUGCUGUCACAUUUAAUCCAACUCCACCCACUUCCAGAGACAAAAGCAUUACAGUUCAGGACCCUGCUUGGUUGCUUUGGAAGCAACAAAUUGCUUUCAUUCUUUUCUUCUGUGCCAUUGACCCAUCCAAUUGAAAAAAUGCAAGCCCUGAUUCUCUAAAGAGAAAGUAAAAAUGUUGAAUUUAACAAUUCAUUUUGGGUGACAACAGGAAAUAAAUACAUUAAAAUCCUGACCUCUGCAUAUUUGAAAUUCCAUUUUCUUUGAGAGAUCCUUCUAAAACACCAUAAAAGGACAUGUUUAUUAAAAAGAACAUCAGUUCUACUUACUUCAAACAGUUUUCUAUCAGUGACGAGAAAGUUGUGAACUGAGAAACGAGACAUUUAGCAGCUGGACUUAUCCCUCCAUAGUUCUACUAAAGCAUGCAUAAGAGCGUUUAUCUGAAAUCAAAUUAAGUAUUUAUCUGAAAUGAAAGGAACUUAUUUUGACUUGGCUAGAGUCCAUUCCUACAGAUGGCUUUGAUAAAGUUCACAUCAAUUGAGAGAAAUCACUGUUCAGUAAUACCUUUUAAAUGAACUAAUCUUGAAUUCUGUGAGUAGGCUUUCUUCUAAUUUCCAUAGGAAACUAAGGGUUCAGCAUUUUUAAUAGUCACAAACUACAGGGUGAUUGAGAAUGCUUUGGGAAGGAGAAUUCACAACGAAUUUUCCGGACAUACUUCACAUGGUCAAAAGUCUGCAAGUCCUCUAUCUCCAGGGUAUAUGGAAAAUAGAAAAAAAAGUACUGGAACUUGAGAGAACAAGGCUUAAGCAAUGGACAGCCCCAAGGCAAGUGAUCUACCACAGCAAUACUCAAGAGAAAGGCUUCCCCCAGACAUACUGAGACAAAUAAGGUAUGCAAGACCCUUGGCUAGGUAUGACAGGGAAUAAGGAGGCACCAGAAGCUCUUUUGGAACCGACAUGAGAACAAAAGGAACAAGGAAUGGGAUUUGAGGCAGAAGAACGCUGCUAGUUUUCUCAGUAAGGUUUAGCUAUGAUGACAUAAAGAACCACUAACUAGAGAAUGAAAGUAACUGCACCAGCUAAAAAGAAUAAAAAUAAUGAUUUAUUCUAGGGUAUAAUGUCUGAAACUAGCUCUUAUGUCUCCACAAAAAGAUUUUUAGAGAACAAAUUUGUAACCAGCAUUUGAAAGAACAUUUUCUUCAUUAGAAAUUAAAAACUUAAUGUUUCAGAAAAGCAAUCUCAAAAUAAAAAAAUUAAAGUACAAGCAGAAAUAUAGAAAUUCUGGCAGCAAAUGAAAGUGAGACAAAGAAAAAUUAUGUGGCAGACCUUGAGAAACAAGUGUACAAAGUAAAAUAACAAUACUGCAAUGUUUUUUCUGACAAGUGUUGUAUUGAACAUAUGCCCAUUUAGUUUCCCCCUCUAGAGCAGAAUAUAUAUUGCUUAAAUAAGAUUUAAGAAAUUAUUUAUUUAGAUUUUGUUUCCAAAAGUAAAUUAAGAUUAAAAAAUUUCAAUGUUUAUAAAACUGCUCUAUCUUCAGAAACUGAAACAAAAAGCAAAGCUCUUUACCUGAAGUUUUAUUUAAUUAAUGCACAUCUACGUACCGAACAAUGACCAGCAUCAAUUUACAACUGGUAUUCUUUUUGUCUUGUUUCCCUGCUGCAAGGGAAUUGCAGUUUGUUUGUGGUGUGAUUUUAGUUUGCAUUUUCUUCUGUGCUGGCUAGACAUGAUGCACAGACUUCUAAAUAAUAACUUUAAGUAAGUUAUCCAUACUUAUAUGUUCAGUAUAUUUACACAAUUAUAAAGUAUGCUCUACAAAAACGUAAUGAAAGCUAAAUGAAACAUAAUAGAAUUCACCUUUGAGCUAGAUAUCCACUCCUGAUCAGGCUUCUUUCCAUAACUGGAGUCUACUUCCUCUUCUAGGCGACCAUUCCACCAAGCUGUCUACUUGAAGCUCAUUCCUACAGAGAGGGCAUUUGGCUGUACAAAAGCCCAAACAACAUUAAAAGAAAUAUAUUAAAUCUUUAAAUCUAGUUAUUUAUAGUGAAUGAUAAUUACCACCUUUACAAAGCACCUUUUAUGCAUUUAUCAUAUUGAUGUAAAAACAUCCUCAAGGAUUCAUUCUUGUAACACACUUUCUCAUUUCUGACGUGACAGUCAAAAUAUUUUAUUUGCAAGAACAUUAACAUGACCUAAACACUGCACAUUUUAUAAAUACUCAGCCUUCCUUAAAAGUGAAUUGGUCUUCUUUCUGAGCAUAUUUAUAUUUAAAUAAGUAUCUUAAGGUUUUAAAGCAAGGAUAUAUUUGGGCUAUGAGAGUAAGAUUAUUUAAAAUAUGAGAAAAAUAAACCAUCUUUCAAAGCCAAUAUCUUUCUUAGUUACAAACAAAAGAAUGACCUUUUAGCCUUUUUCUUCAAAGCCUGCACAGAAAUAAUAGCAGUCUGAUGAAAUAUGCUUUGUCAGGACCAGACAAGGGGUAUCUUCUCUUUUUCCCCAACAGACACAUGAAAUGAGACAUAAUUUAAGACCAAAAGCCUUUUUCUCUGAAGUACAUUCUAGAUAAAGCAAAAUUUAUACAAUAGCACUUUCAUAGGACUAGUCAGAAAAUUUAAUAAUAGUCUGCGUGCACUGUACAAAUAGACAACUUUGUGAGGCAAAAAUGACAGCCAUGAAAAACUUACGCCUAAUGGAGCAACCCUUUAAAAUUAGGUAACUGUUUAUAUAGAAAUCUGGCCACAGAACCAAGGCAUCUUUAGAGAGGCUACAAAGCAGACCUCACAAAGCACAUGAAUACUGGGGGCUGCUAAUCUGGAAUGAAUUGCUAGCCAAUUAGAGAGACUCGCAGUCAUAGUCUGAUACAUUAAUUUAUUGCAGCAAUAAAGAUAUCCUUUCAAGAGACAGACUCUUUAACACAAACAAAUUGGAAAUAACAGUUUUCCAAACAUAGUGAAUGAAUGAGCCAUUCCUGAUUUGGCAGCAAACCCAAAAUCCCCCAGUGGCAAGCCAAAAUAAAUGGCUGUUAAAGUCUAUUACAUCUGAAAAAUGUUUUCUGGGAAAAACCCCACAACCUCCUAACAGUGCUCAUAGACAUUUUUUUCUUUUUUAAUAAAAAGCUCACAUCUUUAUGCAUCCCUUCUCCACUUUAGUGCUGUAAUUAUAAACAAAACACAAAAGCUGAACAUUGCCAGCACAGAUACUGAAAGACUUAUGGCAAAAGCAUAUGAAAAUGACAAAAAAGAUCAUUGUUCUCACAAUUAACAACUAGAAGAAGAAAAAAGAUGUUUGAAUGCGUAUCUGGUGAGCUUUUAUUAGAAUGCAGUUGAUACACAAAGACAGAUUACUAUAGAGAUCUUAUAGCUAUAUUGUUCCUAUAUAAUCCUAUUCUGCAUAGGAUUUUUACUUACUUGCACAACUCUAAAUUUAGUCUCAACAGAAGACUGAAAUGAAGAUAGUAUUAACUCUCAAGCUGUUAAGUACCAAGUUUUUCCAAUUCUGGUAAAUGCUUUUAGGUUAACAUUAGAAAGAUAAAGUUAUUUCCAAGUUUGUAACACCAUGACAUGCCAAACUUUUCACUCAGCAGUUUUGUGCUUGCAGCUUCACAUCUCAUUUGUGUUAAUAAUGCAAACCAUUAUCUUGCCUGGAAGAAUCCUGCUUAAACCCAAGCUGCUUUGGGGAGAGGGUAUGCAGUUUGUUGGUCUCCUUUGUUUUCAAGGUGAUACCUAAAGUACUUUCCCAUGUUAUUUACUAUGACAGAAUUGCGUUGUAUAUUCAGGCACAGAAACUAACCAGAUCAAAUGCAGUACUAGUACAAAUACCUAUCAUGUGGAAACAGUGAAUUCCCUAACUUUGGAAUUUAGAUGCAUGUCAGAGUCAACUUUGGAAUUUAUAGAUGCAUGUUUAGAUAUCAGAGUUUUGGCUAAAAGCUGCAAAAACUUCCUUGGCAAUCAGGAAUCAUUUUGAAGGUAAGAAAGCUUAUUCACUCACUGUUUUAGAAACUUAUGAUAGUUCAAAAGAGCAGAACCUGCACCCACCUCUGUUCAGACUUCACUACUGUGAAAGCAAUCUAUAGACCAACAAGGGAUUGGACAAAGGUGGUAGUUCUGGAGAUUCCAUGAUCCUUUCUUGGCAAAACAAAGUGAGUAACUUGACUUUACAGUCAAGUAGUAUAUAAUGAUGAUAAUUCCAUCACAUCAUAACCCAGUUUAUUUCUCUCCACGUUAAAAGCACCAGAAGGUUCAGUAGGGACACUGACUGCUACAAACACAUCAAGAACCUCUGCACUGGAAAAAGGCCUCUGCAAGUGCUCUUCCUUCACAAGUUUCCCUCAAAUUUACCAGAAACUCUAGAGAGUGGGAUAGCUGCAUCAGAAUUUUGUGUAUCAGGCAAUGGAACAAUGUCAGUCCAGAAGCCACACAGACUACCAUUUCCACCUCUGUCUUCUUAGGUUGACUGACUGUGCACAAGCAGGGACUAACCUGUCCCUCCCUGCUUGUUCCUAAUAAAGAGCACCAUCUGGGUUUGUGCUAACAUUUGCAGCUUUAUUCUGAGGAGGAGUCAGAACAACUCCCAAGAGUAAAUGCAGCAGAACUCGAUGCAGAUGGUGAGACUACCAUGCCAUUAUAUUGCCCUAGAAAGGGCAAACAAAAAGUAUAUCUUAGAAGCACACAAGAAAAAGAAAUACUCUGGUUUUCAAAAGAGCAAUCCAAGUAUACUCAUUCACAAGCUUUUUUCUGUAUAGAGCCCAGAGAAGGGACAUAAAGAUGGUCCUUUAUCAAGACAGUUAUUUCACUGUCCAAGUUUAUCAGCUUCGAAAAAGGAGCGCAGACAUGACUUUAAUUCAACAGUCAACUUCCAGUACACAGCUUUGGUCUCUUUUAAGCGCAAUAAUAUAUAUGAUUUGCAUCACAUCACAUACAAGCAGUGAAGAGGCACCCAGUCAUAUGGAGGCAUACAAUGCUGCACACUUUUACCCCAGGGAAAAAGGUAAGAACUACAGAACAAGCUUUUGAAAAUACUGAAAGACCUUACCACUGUUCAGUUUGACAGCUACUCUCUGCAUAGACUGACUUCAGGCCAUUAGUUUUUACAAGCCAGAUGAUAACUAGGUUUACACGCUUCACAAUUUAAACGAACAAUAGCUUCUGGUGAUAGCAGUUCAUUGCUUUCAAAUUGCUAUUACAAUUACUUUUAACUAUAGAACAACCAACCUCUCCAUUUCUGAGGACUUCAAAAAUACCCGCUUUACAAAACACAUGCGCACAGUGUCUUAUCACGGAAAGAGUCAGUGAUUCUAAACAAACUGUGCAUUCUUCAUCUGAACCAGAGCUCAGAACCAACUUAAUUUUACUCACUAAUGUCUCGUGCAAUUCUUCAGGAGUUUUAUCAUUUGCAAAUACAGAAACAUACUUAAACCCAGAGAUUUCCAUACAGGAAACAUUCUGAUCUCUCAUGCUUCAAAACAGUUCCAUUGAUCAAAAUGCAAUCAUAACACUUGAUACACAGUGAGGAUAUAGCCUACAAUACAUAAAAACACAAGCUGCCCCAUACAGAAAAUUCUGGCCUAACAUUUCAAAAUACAUUAAGAGUAAUCCUACUUGGAAAAGUGGUACUUAGAUCUUAAAGUACGCUCAGUGAUAAGUAUGUAUGCAACACAAUGCCUAAUGGGAAUAAGCAAUUUUCCUGUGGCAGCUGUUUAAGUACCAAUAAUAUUAUGGACGUGACAUUAUUUAUAGUAAAGAUUGCUUUGUAUUUUAAGUAAAGAAAUUCAAGCCAUACUUAGUUAGUAAUUAAGCUCUAAAUAAUUAUUGAGCCAUUUAAAAAUUUGUUUUCCAUCCUGUAUUCUUUAGGAAAAUAAACAAAAACCUUCUAAAAAAGGUUCUGACCAUAUCUCAUUGGUCUUCUGGAUUCUGAAAAUCAACAAGGGUGUCCUUCUUGUUGUCUUACAAAAACUGUAAAUAACACUAAUGUUCAAAGGGAUCAAGAUGUUAUAUUUUGACCUAUUUCUUUGGAAUACGCUAGUAUUCUUAUAUUUCAAGAGCAAUAAAUCUCUUUAUUUGACACUUCAUUUGACAUUCUUACUAAUAUUUCAUUCUGAGCAUAUAAGCAAAAAGGCACCUGUCUCCUCCCUCUUCCUCAGCUGGUUUGAGGACUUAAUGACACAAUCUCCAGAAGUGCCAGAGUGAAUCUGCCUAGUCAAAAGCAGGGAAUGGAGAGUGCACUCACUACUCACAGAGUGGCACUGUAAUUACAAUACCACCUCAGUUUUGUAUUUCUAUUAAAUAAAUCUCCCUUGGGAAAGCAGAUCUGUAUCCUUUUACUAUCAGGAGAGACUACAGGAACUUGUACCUGCCUUUCACCUCACCAGUACCGACCAUGAUGACAUAUGAAGACAACUGAGCACUGUGAUACCACUCCACCGUUCCGGCAGGCCUCGGCGGCAGGCCUCGGCCGCCUCCCGCCCCCACAGGGCAGGCCGCGCGCGCCCGCUCCGGGCCGCUCAAACCCCGCCCCCAGACACGCCUCUGCCUCGUGGCGGUCUUCUCCCUCGCCGGGAGAAGAGCACCCUUGGCCAAUCAGAGGCCUUCCCUCGCGCCCAGUCCGCGCGGGUAAUGGCCAAUGGGGAGGCAGCACCUGAGGCGAGGGGUUCGAGGCGGUUAACGGUUGGCAGUUGGUGCUGGUCGGUCGCGGCGGCGGACGUAUUGUGGCGCAGUCGGAGUUCGUCACCUUAACGAGGCACCAUGGUGGGAAAUGGGAUCCUUAUGACUGCGGGAGGAGAAAGGGCGUUUGGGAGACGGGAUCCUUGUGGCUGCGGGGGGAGAAAGGGCGUUUGGGACCGCGUCUGUUGCGGCAUUUGAGGGGAGUUCGUGACUGUACGUGCUGCGGCAGGACUCGCAGGCAGUCUGCUUGAAGUCCCCGUGGUAGCUCUAAGGCAGAAAGGUUGGGGAGAAGGAGAGAAAUUAGUAUGAAAGCUUAUUAGCUUUAGGGGAGGCGAGGCAUAGAAACCGGCCGAUAGCUAGCAAGACAAGAUAUGUGCAAAGGACGUCUGUUCGGAGCAGGCACCUCCCGCGCCAAAAGGCGAGAGUCGAACUGGAACCUCUAUCCAGGCGGCGGGGAGAUAGCGGGGCAGGGCAUGGUGGCCGCCGGCUGGAUCUGUAUGCCGGUUUUGGGCUGCCUUGGCGCGUGAAGCCGUAGAGGGCACGGCGCGUGCUCGAGGGACGGGCCGGGCGGCGCGCGACGGGAGCCGCUCCAUGGGCAUAGCCAAUCAGAGGAGGGGGCGUGGCCGACGGCGGUCAGGGCCGGGCCGGGCGGGGCGUGCCGUGGGCCAGUCGCUGGGGGUAGCCAAUCAGGGGAAGGGGUGUGGCCGGCGGCGGUGAGGGCUCGGUGGUCGCCGCGAGUCUCGUGGCGGAUAUGCGGGGCUGGAGCGGAGACUGGAAUUUGAUGAAGCUACCAAGGAAACGGAAAGAGCAGCCGAAAUAGCUUGCUUUUUCUUUUCCACCUCUGCUUUUUUCUAGAUACACUCUAACAGUAAAUUAGAAAACAGCUUGUUUUCCUUUCAGUUGUAAGGCAAUUGAGGCAUUGGGAGAUUAAACAUACAUGCCACAGUUGCUUAGAAUCAAAGGAGCUAGCUUAAAGGGGGCAGAUUAUGUGUGAUUGGGAUUCUUAAAACGAUUUCAUGUAGGAAUAUGUGUGAAAAAAAAAAGAUGUACUAAUUGCUAGGGCCUAGAUACUGGUAUGCCUAUUAUAAAGGAAAAUGUACUGAAUAGUCCUGUGCAGGAAAGAUGCUUGCAACAGUUACCCAGUAUAUUGUGUGGUAACAAGUCAAGGAAAUUGGGGGGAUAUUAUAUAAAGAGGUCUUCCAAAAACUAAAAGAAGAGUAAAAAGAAACUGGGCUGAAUAUUAAAGAUGGAAUAUAUAUACAGCAUUGUAAGGGAUAAUGAAUUUGUGUUCCUAGAGGGACUAUGUUGUCUUUAGGAUCUUCCAAUAUUCACAGAGUCAGUGCAGGUCAGCAAAGGUGAGUAGUGUCUUGCCAGCAGCCAACAACUUGUUCUCCUAAAUUGUCACUUAAGGGCAGCCAGGGAAUAUUGCAGCAAAGAUCAUGGAAGAUACAACCCAUGGGCAGGCAGCUCAAUGUCUCAUUAUCAUUCUCUUUUUACUUUGCAGCGUGAAUGCAUAUCCAUCCAUGUUGGCCAGGCUGGUGUUCAGAUUGGCAAUGCAUGUUGGGAAUUGUAUUGUCUUGAACAUGGGAUCCAGCCUGAUGGUCAAGUGCCUAGUGAUAAUACUAUGGGACGUGGAGAUGAUUCAUUUAACACUUUCUUCAGUGAGACAGGAGCUGGUAAACAUGUUCCGAGAGCGGUGUUUGUAGACCUAGAACCAACCGUAGUUGAUGAAGUACGUACAGGCACAUAUAGGCAGUUAUUCCAUCCUGAGCAGCUCAUUACUGGGAAAGAAGAUGCAGCCAAUAAUUAUGCCAGAGGCCAUUAUACCAUUGGAAAAGAGAUUGUUGAUCUAGUGCUAGACCGCAUUCGCAAACUGGCUGACCUGUGCACAGGGCUGCAAGGCUUUCUUAUCUUUCAUAGUUUUGGUGGAGGCACUGGUUCAGGGUUUGCAUCACUGCUCAUGGAAAGGCUAUCUGUUGACUAUGGCAAGAAAUCUAAACUGGAGUUUGCAAUUUAUCCAGCACCACAAGUUUCCACUGCUGUAGUGGAACCCUACAACUCAAUUCUAACUACCCACACAACAUUAGAGCAUUCAGACUGUGCCUUUAUGGUAGAUAAUGAAGCCAUUUAUGAUAUAUGUCGUCGUAACCUGGACAUUGGCCGUCCUACUUACACCAAUUUGAACCGAUUAAUUGGGCAAAUUGUUUCAUCCAUCACAGCUUCACUGCGUUUUGAUGGAGCCCUCAAUGUAGAUCUGACAGAAUUUCAAACUAACCUGGUUCCAUACCCACGAAUCCAUUUCCCCUUGGUAACAUAUGCCCCUAUCAUCUCCGCUGAAAAAGCAUAUCAUGAGCAGUUAUCUGUGGCUGAAAUUACCCAUGCUUGCUUUGAACCAGCCAACCAGAUGGUCAAGUGCGACCCUCGCCAUGGCAAGUACAUGGCCUGCUGCAUGUUAUACAGAGGCGAUGUUGUGCCCAAAGAUGUCAAUGCAGCCAUUGCCACUAUCAAGACUAAACGUACCAUUCAGUUUGUGGAUUGGUGCCCAACUGGAUUUAAGGUGGGCAUUAACUACCAGCCUCCCACUGUGGUGCCAGGUGCUGAUCUUGCCAAGGUGCAGCGGGCUGUGUGUAUGCUGAGUAACACAACUGCUAUUGCAGAAGCAUGGGCUCGGCUCGACCACAAAUUUGAUCUCAUGUAUACUAAGCGUGCCUUUGUGCAUUGGUAUGUUGGGGAGGGGAUGGAGGAAGGAGAAUUUUCUGAAGCCCGGGAAGACCUGGCUGCCCUUGAGAAAGAUUAUGAAGAAGUUGGCCUAGACUCAGUAGAAGCAGAGGCUGAAGAAGGAGAUGAAUAUUGAGAAAACUAAAGCCUGGAAAAAUCUAUUUACCAAAAAAAAAUUGCAGAACCCUGUUUGUUUGUUUUCAAAUGUGCUUCCAAAUAAAGUUCUAAAGAUUA